CGUCAGUAUCUCAAUAGAUGAGGCCGAACGCAUGCGGAAAGGUUCCCUGAAAAAAAUGCGGACCAGACGCCAAGCCCCUGGGGCUCGACCGCCAGCCAUCGCACCAAUUGGUUGACUUCCAGGGGCUCAGGAAUGUAGUGACUUCAGACUUUCCACUGCGUUCAUUCAAUAGGAUGGCUACUCAAAUAAUCGUCUCGAAAUGAGAGCAGCGGCUGAAGGUUAUCGUCUCUUUAUCGGGUGCUAAAGCCAGGGUUCCCAAGCCUCUGGCGAUCAAUGGCGUUGUAAGGCUUUCGUUCCUGACUACUUAAGUCCUGCGUUUCGCCCUCGCAACUCCCUUUUGCAGAGAGCACGGCAAGCAUAACACUGAAGCAAACAUGAAAUAUUCUGUUUGUGUUUUCCUCGUUUCCGCUAUUGGAGCCACUGCUCAAGCAGCAAACUGCAGUGAAGUAGAGGCGUGCCUCAAAGCUGGUCCCAAAAAUACCGAUGCCUGCGGCGACAACGAGCGUUGCCUUUGUGGAACACACAAGGAGAUUGCCAAUUGCUACGUCAAUUGCGAGGAGGAUUCGAAAGCGAAACCGGCCGAGGAAGCUGUUGAGAAGUACUGUUCUGUGCUGAGAAAGCGAUCGAAGCCAUUGUAUAAGUGAGGGCGGCCGAAAUUAUACCAGCAGAAAGGACACGCAUUGACAGGACUUUAUGUACAUUAUGAAAGCUGUAUUAUAGGAAGUUGAUUGGUAUGCGUCUUAUAUGGAGUCAGAAAGUCAUCAAAUUAAAUUUGCUGUGCAGACAAGACGAG